AUGAUACGCAGAGCCGGAUGCGCGAAGGAGGACGGUGUCGUCGUCGACUCCCAAAACCACAAGCUCGGUCACGCCGUCGACUACCCGGCAAUGGGGUGUUCGCAGACGACUUGUCGAUGCGACACGGCCGUCAAGUACGAGUGCGGCUCCGGUAUGACAAUCAUCGGCACCGCCACGGCCAUCUGCAACUGCGAUAGCGGCUCAGGUCGCUGGAUCAACCGGCCGAAUUGCCGAGGCUGCCACAAGAUUGACCAAUCACGCAGCGACGACACGCGCGUGCUCACCUAUCCGCUAGCACCAGCUUGUAAUGAGAUCCACUGCGCAUGCGGCACGAACGUGACCGUGCGCUGCGACAGCAAGACAAGGAAACUGAGCGGGUCGCGCUGGAUGGUGUGCCGGUGUGCGGACACGACCCUCGACGCGUACUGGGAGCACGAGAACGGCACGGACGCGCGAUGCAUUGCAGACGGGUCCAACAAUAACGACAACGAUAGCAAAAACGAUGGUGGGGGUGGCAUCAAAGGUACAACGCUGGCAAUCUUACUGAGUCUGACAGGAAUCGUCGUCGUCGCUCUGGCAGCUGUCAUCGCCUUCAAGCUGUUCUACGUCAACGGGAACAACAGCGCCCCCUCGACUCCGGCCCCUCUGCCACCUCUGAGCCCCGACGCGUACGGUAAAAUGGACGCGUUUCCGUAUUACGAGAGCGUCGAUAACUACGAGGUACCCAUGUCAACCCUGUCGAAACCUAGAGGGGACGGGAAAGGUAGUGGGAGCAGCCACAGCGUGCUCGGCCGGGAGCGAAUGCCUCUUCCAGGAACUAAGCAGACUACAGAUACCCACGAUUACUUCACUCUGGAGUCGAAUGAUCAACCAAAUCCCGUGAACGACGAGUAUAACAUCACCAACGUCGCCACCGCCACUACUGACGCGGAAGAGGAGAAUCCGGUGAAAUCCAUCCUGUAAUUAAAGCAUCGGCUCAGACACGGGCAGUUUUGCCAUCUAAAUAAACCAAGCGAUGUACUAAUAGUUUGGUGUUUUCUUCCGAAUACGGGAGAUGUCGGACUCAUAGAGUUUUAACACAUUAAGGCCAAUUCACACAGAGCUACGCUCAUCCACGAUCCGCCCCACGCUCCAAAAAUUGCCCGGGCCGUGGUGAGUCGUGUGGUCUCGAGAGCGUGGCAAUUGGGCCCCAGCGGGCAGCGCGAUACUACGAUCUAA